ACCAGACGGAAACCAAAAUGAGUUUUCCCCAAGAAAAUUAUAACUAAAAUCUGCUGAUGCUGUUUGCUGCAAGAUACACACCAAUUCUAGGGUUUCUGAAAUUUUCUACUCUUCCAAUUUCACCAACCUUGCUGCUGAAUUUUCCGGGACAAACUUGAAGCCAGUUGACUUUCUUACAAGAUAUUCGAUACCGUUUGCUUUUGAUUUUUCUUCCGUUAACAAGCCAGGGGUUGUAUUCAGUUUGGUAGAAAGAUGUCUUCGUCGACAUCAUCAGCUACAGUUGCAGUGGAGAAGGCAACCAGCGACCUUCUAAUAGCUCCCGAUUGGACUAUGAACAUCGAUAUUUGUGAUUCCGUCAAUUCUAACCAUUGGCAGGCCAAAGAUGUUGUAAAAGCUGUAAAAAGAAGGUUGCAGAAUAAGAACGCCAGAGUGCAAUUACUUGCUUUGACGCUCUUGGAAACAAUGGUGAAGAACUGCGGAGAUUAUGUCCAUUUUCAAAUUGUUGAGAAAAAUAUACUGGGAGAGAUGGUUAAAAUUGUGAGGAAGAAGGCAGACAUGCAAGUGAGGGAUAAGGUCUUGAUGAUGUUAGACUCUUGGCAAGAGGCGUUUGGUGGGCCUAGAGGAAAAUACCCUCAAUACUACUCAGCAUAUGAUGAGUUAAGGAGAUCUGGAGUAGAAUUUCCACAACGUUUAGACGCAUCUCCAAUAUUUACUCCACCUGCUACUCAUCCAACAUUGAGCACUCAUGCUGGUUAUGGAAUGCCAAGUGGCUCAUCUAGAAGCUUGAUGAAACAAUGCAACAGAAAUGGAAAGUCUGACAAGGUAAGGAGCCAGAUUGAUGAGGAGGAAGAGGAGGAAGAUGACUUUGCUCAGCUAGCUAGAAGGCAUUCCAAAACACAGCCUGUGCCUUCUGAGACCACAUCUGCUGGGAGCAGCAGUGCAGUUGUAUCUAAGGGUGAUAACAACACUAAGCCGCAUAUUCCAGCAGUCUCAACCAGUGUUCCAUGCAAUGCAAUUACUCCGCUGGAUCCACCUACACCAGUUAGAACUACAAAGGAUCAGGACAUGAUAGAUCUUCUAAGUAUCACCUUGUCAACAGUGUCCACAUCUCCUCGCACCUGUCAGAAUCCAUCAGCCUCCAGCCAGAACAUCCAUCCGACACCCCCUUACACUAGUGCACAGGAAUACCCAGCUACUUCCCAGACUUACUGUGGAAGUGAAGAACAUGCAUCAUUAAACAGCUAUGUUGUUCCCUGGGCCCAACCUCAGUUGCAGAACCAACCCCAACCUGGAAAUUAUGUGCAGUCUCAGUCUCAACCGCAGCCUCGCUUACGCACACAGCCGCAGAUGCAAUCUCAAUCUCAAUCUCAAUUGCAACCACAAUCUCAUCCUCAAGUCCAGUCUCAGUGGCAACCUCAUGUCCAGUCCCAGUACAAACCUCAGUAUUCUCAAUAUUCAUCUGGCUACCCUCCUCCACCGUGGGCAGCUACUUUAGAUAACCCCAACCCCUCAAGAGACUUGCCUACCAACAUGUUCUGGACUCCCCGAGCAAACGUGAGUUCAACCUACACAGCGCAGGCAUCUAGACCCUUCAUGCAGCACAAUAAUUCAUUUCCUGUAAGGGGAAACAAUGGGUCAGCCAUGGUAAGAAAUCCGCAGAAUACCAGUACUUGGAACCCUGCCACUGCAGCAGGACAGUCACCGAAGCCCUUCAUUCCCUCAUACAGAUUGUUUGAAGAUUUGAAUAUUCUUGGAAAUGCUGAUGGAAAGCUUAAGGUGACAAGCAGCACAUCUCCUAGCUUGUCAGGAACUUCUAGCCAAGGGAUGCUAGGAGGAAGAAAGUGAAGUAUCAGCCUCCGAAGAAAGGACCUAUCUAUGUGAAUAUGGUGUAUAUUAGUGCAUCUUCUUUCUUUCUCAAACAUAUUUGAAGAUUUUACUUUGAUGAAAUAGUGCCUUUCUUUGUCAUUGUUGGACUACACUAUUCGGGUGGUAUUUAUCUAAUUAAAUGAUAGUGGGAAAGAGGCUAUAAUAGGUGGGUUGAUGUAUGACUGACUGUUGCUUGUUAUCCAACUUAAAGCUGCUUCUGUUGUUACUAUGCA